AAUCUUUCCAUUUCCAUACAUGAAGUUCCCCCUUUUUUUUUUCCCUGGAUUUUAUGAAGCUAAAAGGGGGUCUUGCAGGUUCAUUAUCCGGGUGUUUUGUUGAUUAUCAUCAAAUAGAUGAUGCAGAACGCAAUUUCAGCUUGUGUAGUUGCGAAUUCGAGGGAACUUGGGAACCAGGCAACUCUAUCUGCUGAUCAGUUAGGAUUCGACUCUUUCAGCCGAAGGGCAAACUUCACACAUCUACCAUGUGCACUUUGCACAAAACAGGCGGUGGGAGUUGUACAGUUUUUAGCGGUACGCAGGAGCAAAUUAAAGCCAAGGACUUUAGCUUCUGCUCUUCCCAAUAGAGACGGUGAACCGAAAGCCAGUUUUUUGCAUUCUUCUGCUGAUGGCCAACCCCUUUUAGCCUUGGGAAAUAACAAGAGUUGUAAGGAUGCGGAUGCAGAAGAAGACCCCUCCGCUCGAUAUUCAAGAUCAGACUUUUCUGUGAAUGCUAAUCAUAUGGUAAACCGGGGCGAGCUUCUUGACAAGCUGAAGGCUGUUCAUUUGCAUGUAUUAGCAUCAGAACAAUGGAAUGCUUCUCAAAUCAAACUAUGUCACAGAAACUACUUGGUGAGCGCAACAAACUUAAUACAUUAUCUGGCAUUAAAAUGCCUUGACAUUGAGCAGGUCAAAGAAGAUUUUUCUUCUAUUGGUCUUUUAAGUUGGGAGAUCAUCGAUUCAUGCGUUAUGGCCAGUCUCAGUGCAGGCAUUCAGCUUUUGGAGGAGUUGAGUCCCAACUCUCUAAACGCCAGAGAGAAUAUUUCAGGAAAUUGUACUGAGAAAAGGCUAGAGAAUCAAAGGAAUGAGAAGUUCGCAGUACAUUUAAUGAGGAAGAAGGCAUACUCCAACAGGGAGUUGUUGAUGGGCCCACUUCAAGAUGGAAAAACUAGUCAUGUUAUGGUAACAGUUGGAAAAGAAGCUACUGAGAAUGAAAUGCUUAUAACUGAUCUUAUAGAUACUGGAGCCUCCAUUAUUAGGAUCAAUUGCGCACAUGGAGAUCCAAGUGUUUGGAGUGAAAUAAUUAGAAGAGUGAAAAGAAGCUCUCAAAUGCUGGAGAAACCGUGUCAAAUCCUCAUGGAUUUAGGUGGCCCAAAGCUCCGAACAGCUGGCCUAAAGCCCGGUCCUCAUGUUAUGAAAAUAUCUCCAGAGAGAAAUGCUUCUGGAAAUGUGAUCUUCCCAGCUCAAGUGUGGCUGUCUCACAAAGGAGCAGGGCCUCCUCCAAACCAUGUAUCUCCUGAUGCAGUUGUCGUCCUAAGUAACCCAGAUUUCCUUUGUGACACUGAGGUAGGUGAUACUGUAAGAUUCAAAGAUGCUAGAAGGACAAAAAGGAUUCUCAAGAUUGUAGGAAAGUUUCAUGUUUUUGGUGGUAUUGGAUUUAUUGCUGAGUGUAGCAGGACUUCUUACAUUGAGUCGGGGACACAAUUGUAUAUCAAGGGAAAGAAAGGCAGGUUCCGUUUUGCACACGCUGUUGAUGUCCCUGCAGUAGAGCCAUCUAUUAGAUUGAGAGUUGGAGACUCACUAGUCAUAUCACGAGAUAGCUCAUGCAGUCGGAUUGACUUGCCUGAAGCCAUAAGAGGUACUCAUAGGAUAACUUGUUCUUCCGGUCUUCUUUUUGAUUCAGUGAAGCCAGGAGAACCCAUUGCUUUUGAUGAUGGAAAAAUAUGGGGAAUAAUCCAAGGUACUAGUAUUUCGGAGAUUAUUGUAUCAAUAACCCAUGCAAAUCCUAGGGGCACUAAACUUCGACCAGAGAAAUCCAUCAACAUCCCAGAGAGCAAUAUUCAGUUUCAAGGCCUCACUUCCAAGGACCUUAUGGAUCUUGAAUUUGUUUCUACUCAUGCUGAUAUGGUAGGGUUUUCAUUUGUUCGAGAUGUUAAUGAUAUCACUAUGCUUUGCCUAGAACUGGAGAAGCGAAAACUUUGGAACUUAGGAAUUAUCUUAAAGAUUGAGACAAGAAGUGGUUUUGAAAAUUUGCCUCAAAUGCUACUGGAGGCAAUGAAAUUACCAAAUCCGCUGGGGGUUAUGAUUGCGAGGGGAGAUCUUGCUGUGGAGUGUGGAUGGGAAAGGAUUGCUGCUAUACAGGAGGUAAUUUUGUCUAUUUGCUCUGCUGCCCAUGUACCUGUCAUUUGGGCUACUCAAGUUCUAGAGUCAUUUGUCAAGUCUGGUGUGCCUAGUAGAGCUGAGAUUACUGAUGUGGCCAAUGGGAGAAGGGCAAGUUGCAUUAUGUUGAACAAAGGGAAACAUCUCGUCGAAGCUGUUUCUUUUUUAGAUUCCAUCUUGCGCAAUUACUCCACAAAGAUGAGAGCACAGGCAAAGCUGAAGCCUCUUCCCCUGACCGGGCGACCAUUUUAGUGUAAACCUAUUUGCUCUUUGUAGAUAAUUUUCACCAUCUAGGUAGAGACUUUUCAAUAAUAAUUGGUCUGUACACGUUCUUUGCUCGUGGAAAUCAUCAUCUUAAAUCCUACAUAUUCAUGGACGAAACAUUGCAAGUUUUAGGCAUCUUUCAUCGUAAAAAAAAAAGGGUUUCGUUGUUUGUUGAUGUCUUUUUUUUUUUUUUGGUAGAAAGUUCUUUGUUGAUGUCAAAAUCAUUAGAACAGCGGUCGGGUUAUUAAUGGUAAUCAGGUUAUCAAGCAAGCUGACUUCAGGAGUGGCGGUACCACUAGGCUAGCGCUCAUAUGAAAUAGUCUUUCUUUAAAGGGAGUUAAAAAGCUUUACGCAUAAUUUGUACAUUUACAAGAACGGGCGAAUGAUGUAUUAGAGGAUUUGAAAUGUAAGUGCUGCUUUCAGACAAUAGCCGCACACAACACAGAGACGGAUCGGUUAACCCACCGUUCAAGUCAGUUUUUGAGUUUUUGAGUUUUUUACGGUAUGUUUUUAGCCACAAGGUGGUCGA